AAUUGACCCCUGAGGAAAAAGCCAUGAGGAUUGCCAAAGCUAUGCGUAAGCAGUCAUCAGAGGUAAAAGAGAAAUGGGAGAACCUAAAUGCCAGUGCCAGUAUCUGGCAGAAACAGGUGGACAAAGCAUUAGAAAAACUGAAAGACUUGCAGUGUGCCAUGGAUGACCUCGAUGCUGACUUGAAGGAGGCUGAAAAUGUGAGGAAUGGCUGGAAACCCGUGGGAGACUUGCUCAUAGAUUCAUUACCAGAUCACAUUGAGAAAAGUACAGCUUUUAGAGAAGAAAUUGCUCCCAUCAACUUGAAAGUUAAAACAGUGAAUGAUUUGUCCAGUCAGCUGUCUCCACUUGACCUUUAUCCAUCAUUAAAAAUGUCUCGUCAACUGGAUGAUCUUAAUAUGCGGUGGAAACUUUUACAGGUAUCUGUAGAAGAUCGCCUUAAACAGCUACAGGAGGCACACCGAGAUUUUGGGCCUGCAUCACAGCACUUUCUUUCCACCUCAGUACAGUUUCCAUGGCAGAGAUCUGUUUCACAUAACAAAGUGCCCUAUUAUAUCAAUCAUGAGACACAGACAACCUGCUGGGAUCAUCCUAAAAUGACUGAUCUCUUCCAGUCCUUAGCUGACUUGAACAACGUACGCUUCUCUGCCUACCGUACGGCCAUCAAAAUCCGAAGACUGCAGAAAGCACUGUGCUUGGACCUGUUGGACUUGAACACAACAAGUGAAGUUUUCAAACAGCACAAGUUGAGUCAAAAUGACCAGCUGAUUGGUGUCCAGGAUGUGAUCAGCUGUCUCACUACCAUCUACAGUGGACUUGAAGAGAAACACAAAGAUAUGGUGAAUGUUCCUCUCUGUGUAGACAUGUGUCUUAACUGGCUACUCAAUGUAUAUGAUAGUGGCCGAACUGGAAAAAUUCGAGUGCAGUCCCUGAAAAUUGGCUUGAUGUCUCUUUCUAAGGGCCUUUUGGAAGAGAAAUACAGAUAUCUCUUCAAGGAGGUGGCAGGCCCCACAGAAAUGUGCGACCAGAGGCAGCUGGGCCUGCUGCUUCACGAUGCUAUCCAGAUCCCGCGGCAGCUUGGGGAAGUGGCAGCCUUCGGUGGCAGCAACAUUGAACCCAGCGUGCGCAGCUGCUUCCAACAGAAUCACAAUAAGCCAGAAAUAACUGUAAAGCAAUUUAUAGAUUGGAUGCGCUUAGAACCACAGUCUAUGGUAUGGCUACCAGUUCUACACCGCGUGGCAGCUGCAGAAACAGCAAAACAUCAGGCCAAGUGCAACAUCUGUAAAGAGUGUCCAAUUGUUGGCUUUAGGUACCGGAGUUUAAAACAUUUCAACUAUGACGUCUGUCAGAGCUGUUUCUUUUCUGGCCGUACAGCGAAGGGGCAUAAGUUGCAUUACCCAAUGGUGGAGUAUUGUAUACCUACAACAUCUGGGGAGGAUGUACGAGACUUCACGAAGGUGCUGAAGAACAAAUUCCGGUCAAAGAAGUAUUUUGCAAAGCAUCCCCGACUUGGCUACCUACCUGUGCAAACAGUAUUGGAGGGUGACAACCUGGAGACUCCUAUCACUCUCAUCAGUAUGUGGCCAGAGCAGUAUGAUCCUUCCCAGUCUCCACAGCUGUUUCACGACGACACACACUCCAGGAUAGAGCAGUAUGCUACUAGGCUCGCCCAGAUGGAAAGGACCAACGGCUCCUUCCUGACGGACAGUAGCUCCACCACAGGAAGCGUAGAGGAUGAGCAUGCCCUUAUCCAGCAGUAUUGUCAGACGCUGGGAGGAGAGUCACCUGUGAGUCAACCACAGAGUCCUGCUCAGAUACUCAAGUCAGUGGAAAAGGAAGAGCGAGGAGAGCUGGAGCGCAUCAUUGCUGACCUUGAGGAAGAGCAAAGGAGUCUACAGAUAGAAUAUGAGCAAUUAAAGGAGCAACAUCUUCGGAGAGGAAUAAACCCUCUCGCAUCACCUCCUGAGUCCGUUGUGACACCUCAUCAUGCUUCUGAAGAUGCCGAGCUCAUUGCUGAAGCUAAACUCCUGAGGCAACAUAAAGGUCGCCUAGAAGCAAGGAUGCAAAUAUUGGAAGAUCACAAUAAACAACUGGAGUCUCAGCUUCACCGGCUACGUCAGCUACUUGAGCAG